UAAUCAAAGUUCAUAUGAGUUUUCCAGCCACACACAUGGUGCUCAUCUCUACACAAAAUAUUACACAAGAGCAAGACGGUAAAUGUUUUUCUACAAAAUAUGUUGAUUCAGAUUUUUCAAUGCUUUGGAGUUUUGCUAAAAGCAACUCUCCUUGUGGUACUACAGAAGCUAAAGAAAUUGCUCACAACAAAGGAGCCAUGUGUCUUUCUAAUCAAUAUAAAAUAACAAUGUUUCUCUGCAAUGGAUAUGUAAAACACUCCAAAUUAUGGUGUCCAUAUUGCUUAAAUAAGUAUGAAAACUUAUGUUGUGAAGUUCUUGGCCCACCUUCUAGCAUUUGCCAGCCAGAUUUCUUGAAAACACUGGAAUAUCCUAGAGGACUAGGACUUGAUAUUUACUAUCAGCAGUAUGGAUUUGUCAUAGAGAAGUGGCAUAAUAUGAAAAAUAUCAAAGAUUACAAUGAAUUGGCACUUUGGAAAGUUGAAGUUCCUCAAGAAAAACUUAAUAAUUCUCUUAUGAAAACUGAAAUUGAACAGCUUGGAGGUCGGGAAAUGUGCAUUAUUAGUAAGUUUAGGAAGUUUUUUCCAGAAGGAUAUGUACCUCUGGAUGAAACUAUCCAUAUAAUUGUACAAUGUCCUUUCGUCACUGGCGCGUUUAAAAACAAGACAGAAAUAUCGAGACUAGAAGAACUUGGAGGAACAACUUAUCAGGGAGAAGAACAUGGUGAUGCCUACGAAAGUGUUGAUCUUACUCUUGGUACCGUAUGUAAGAGAGAACCAACUAUCAACAGACUGCUUAAAUGUCUGCUUGAAAGACGUAUUAUUCUAGUUAGAUCACCACCAAUGGCUGGCAAAACUACACUUGCGCAAUUACUUGAACAUGGCAUACUCCAAUCAAAUGAUGUAAAAAAGGGAUUGAAGCGUGUUUUUCGCAUUUCAUUAUUAUGGAUGGAAAGAAGAAAUGAAUCAUGGACAUUUGCAGAAAGAUUUAAAGAGCUUAUGAACGUGACAUGGGAUGAAUUUCUUGAUAAAUGUGGUAUUACUACAACUUUUUUGAUUAUUGAUGAGGUGCAAAAGAUUUAUAAGCCAGAGAAUGAAGCAGAACCGCGCCAUGGUAGAAGUGUAUUUUGGGAUUCGUUUAAAUAUAUAUUACAAUCCUCGAGAGUUUAUAUUGUAGCAUUUGCUUCAUAUGGAUAUUAUGGUGCUUACACUGCUCAUGGAGAUCAUGCAAUUAUGGAUAUUUCACCAUGUUCUCUUCAAAAAAGCAACAUGUGGAGAUUUGAAGAUGUUUGUUUUACCAAAGAAGAAUUUAAUAGUUACUUUAAUUACUUUUGUGUAAAAAAUCUUCAAAUGCUGAAAGAAGAAGAUAUUCUACUUCUUUCUUGCUAUGUGUCUGAAAUAACAUCUUUCCAUUCCGGUUUAGUUGCCUUUACCAUGAACCAAAUUCAUAUGAGAUUCGUCAAAAAUACUUUUGAACAUUUAACAUUUGCAAAAGUUUUUGCUUAUCUCAAAUCUCGUGAUUUUAAUGAUUAUUUAAAGGAUAUUCGUGCAAUGCCAAAAAUUACUGAUAUGUUAGAUGAAGAAAAGAGAAUUGCAGAUACUACAAAUAUUCUUGUUGAUACUGGAAUGAUAAAAGAAGGUUAUUCAACUAUUAACUUUCCAGCACCAUUGGUUCGGGCAACAUAUCUUCAAAAUCGGUUUGGUUCAGUGGCGCGAUCUAAAUCACCACCUAAUUCAUUCAAAGACUUCAUCAUUUUGGUGUUCGCAAAAAUAAGCUCUAAAGUGUUACAAAAAAGCUUGGAUAUAGAUAAUGAUUAUCGUCUUCUUGAACGUGUAUGGCAAAUGGAGUUCUACCAUGCAUCAAUGCAAGUUCUUCCUGCAGACAUUUAUGCCUCGGUAGAUAUUGGAGCAAUAUUUGGAUCAGAGGGCUGUUUAUAUUUUUAUAUAAAUGACCAACGUAACUGGGCAAUUGAACUAUUGCGAAAUGGAGACAAAUUGCAAGAACAUCAACAAAAAUUUCAAAAAAAUGGUCAAUAUGCCUCUAUUUUUAAAUAUGCAAAGGAUAAGAAAGAACUUCCAGAACAAAAAGGAAAAGACAUGAUUUAUGCUCUUUGUGCUGAAAACUUUGAAUCUGUUCAGUUGAUGUAUCCUAAUGAAAGUAAUGAUCAUGUUCAAUUGCUAGGUGAAGAAGAAAAUUUGCUUGGGCAUGAUAUAUCAGAAUUUUUAGAUACUUCUACCUAG